UGGUUGGAGGCGGCCGAGCAGGGCCGGCCCGGGCGGCGAUGGCGGCAGGACGGGACAGGGGCCGGCAGUGGGUGGUGGUCGCGCUCUUUUCAUUCGCCGUGUUGACGCCGGCGGGCGCCGCCUCAGCGGCCGCCCUGCCUGUAGUCAUCAACACCUGGGCGUUUAGGACGGCCGCAGAGACAGCUUGGAGAGUAUUAGAGUUGGGAGGUUCGGAGCUGGACGCAGUCGAGAGAGGCUGUGGUCAGUGUCAGAUUGAUCAGUGUGAUGGGAGUGUGGGAUACGGAGGAAGCCCAGAUGAAAGUGGAGAAACAACUCUGGAUGCAAUGAUUAUGGAUGGCAACACUAUGGAAGUCGGGGCUGUUGCAGAUCUCAGGCGUGUGAAAAAUGCAAUUGGUGUAGCACGAAAGGUCAUUGAGUACACUAAGCAUACAUUACUAGUGGGAGAGUCAGCUUCCCUGUUUGCUGUAAGAAUGGGGUUUCCAUAUGAAGAUUUAACUACCCAGAAAUCCCUUUCACUGUAUUCAGAGUGGCUUAAUCAAAGCUGUCAGCCAAACUACUGGAAGAAUGUGGUGCCGGACUCUUCAAAAUCCUGUGGACCAUAUAAACGGCCUGAAGAAGUAACUUACAAAGAAGAACAGACCAGCUCAAAAAGAAGCAUUCGUAACCAUGAUACUAUUGGUAUGGUUGUAAUCGGUGUGAGUGGAACCGUUGCUUCUGGGACGUCUACUAAUGGUGCAAUCCACAAAAUUCCAGGACGUGUUGGAGAUUCUCCGAUAGCUGGAGCGGGAUCCUAUGCAGAUAGUACAGCUGGAGGAGCUGCAGCCACGGGGGAUGGUGACAUCAUGAUGCGCUUCUUACCCAGUUAUCAAGCUGUGGAAUAUAUGAGGAUGGGAACAGACCCAACAGUAGCCUGUCAGAAAGUUAUUUCCAGAAUCCAGAAGUAUGCUCCAAAGUUCUUUGGUGCUAUCAUUUGUGCAAAUACAACUGGAAGUUAUGGUGCUGCAUGUAAUAAAAUUCCAGGAUUCACUCAGUUUCACUUCAUGGUUUCAAGCCCCUUGCUAAGUCGACCAACUGAGCAAGUAGUAGCUUGCAUUUAAUUUCUUUUGUCCUAUUAACAUCUCAACCUAGAAGAGGACACUUGUCCUUAGGGCACACUUACUUCUUAAAAUGGUUGUUUCAAGCAUCUGAUGGCUCUUAUGGUCUGCUUGUUUUCCUAAGAACUGAGUAGCCAGAAGUGAUGAAUAGUAACCAUUGAACAGGCCCUUCGCAUUGCCAUUUAAAAAUAUAUUUGUCUGACAUCUGGAAUAACAGGCUGGAAGUGGAACUAUGACUCUACACAAGACUUACAUUGAGAAUAUUUAAUUGUCUUUCUAAGAUUUAGUCCAAGUUUUCUUUUCUCUUGAAAAGAAAAUUGCAUGAAAAUGCUGGCAAGCAAGGAAGGGGGGUUAAAGAGUAGUAGAGAGCCUUUAAUGAAGAGGUAAGAAGUCCUUAUGGACCAUUCUAACUUGUUCCACAACAUCUGAGAAUUGAGAGUACAUGCAAGCAUCCCUGGUAGUACAGACCUUCAAGGAAUUUUGAUUAACUCUGACUGGAUGUGAAGACAAUUGGAGAUCUUCCUGUCAUCUGUUUUUUGUAGGGGAAGAUAAGUUAUGAAUUAUAAUCACAGUGAUUUCCUUGUCACCAAUAUGCUGUGCACUCACCCUGUCCUAUAGCACAUUUACCUCUGCAGAGGAGCAGUUGAAUGCCUAGUGUGACAGUACCUACAGCUUUGGGUUUUGUCACUUUGUGUCUAGAAACACCGGAAUUCAUUUGUAACAGAACUUUAGCAUCAUGAGGAUUAUUCCACAGGUAUUUGAAGAUCUGUUUGAUCAUUCUCUUAAAUUGACAGCUUGCUGAUCAUUUGAUGGAAUCUUUGCUAAACUUGAGCUAGGAAAUGGCAAAAGGGGGGAGGAAGUAAAAAGAGUAUGUCUUGUCACUUUAAUUCUCUGUCCACUUAAAUAAAAUCAUUGGGUAAUAAAAGCACACCUUAAUGCAUUAGUAAAGUUGUUUAGAUGCUUGUGUACUGUGCCUUACAUUGAUUGUUGCUUUCUGUUUCAAAUUGAUAUCUUUAAAAGAUGGAAAUAAACCAUUCAAACUAGAAUAGCUAUCUGUAAUGGCCUGCUAUUGAACUGCAUCAAGAAAAUGAUUUAUUCACUUCUGUCACUGGAUCCUCAGAGCAUGUUGUAGCACAGUGUUCACUGCAGGCCACAGCAAGCUUUUGUCAGAGAAACUCCUACUGAAUAUAUCUCUAAUGGCUUAAGGUAAGUUUUCUACCUGUCCUACCUACAAGCCUUCUGCCAUGGCUGCUCUAUCUUCAGAUAACUCAGGCAGUCAAUCACACGAAGAUUGGUAAAAUCCAAGUGAUUGUUACUUUGAAGGUUGCAUUGUGGAUUAUGAACGUAGAAGGUUCAGUCCUGGGAGCUGAGUGGUAAUGUCUCAAAUUGCUGCAGCUGAAUCCUCCAGGAUUCAUUUCUGAAAGAGGUUUGGGAACGUCCAUAGCUUGCUUUCUAGAGUGCUUAUGUCACUGUACCAGCUAGCGUAUGCCAGUAAAGGUUGUGAUUGCCCUAUAACAGUACACCGUGCAGUCACUGUUACACUGCUAACUUCCUGCAUAGUCAGCUUGUCUGUGCUGGUUGACAGCCAGCUGGACAUGAUCCAGCAGUGCCCAGGUGGCCAAGAAGGCCAAUGGCAUCCUGGCUUGUACCAGGAACAGUGUUGGCAGUAGGACCAGGGCAGUGAUUGUUCCCCUGUACUCGGCAGUGGUGAGGCCACACCUCGAGUGCUGUGUCCAGUUCUGGGCUCCUCAGUACAAGAAAGACAUUGAGGGGCUGGAGCGUGUCCAGAGAAGAGCAACAAGUGAGUGAAGGGUCUAAAGAGUAAAUCCUAGGAGCGGCUGAGGGAGCUGGGGUUGUGCAGCCUGGAGAAAAGGAGGCUUGGGGGCCCAUAUUGCUCUCUACAACUUCCUGAAAAGAGGUUGUAGCAAGGUAGGGGGCGGCCUCUUUACCCAGGCAACCAGUGAUGGGACAAGGGGAAACGGCCUCAAGCUGUGCCAAGGGAAGUUGGACAUCAGGAGGAGUUUCUUCACUUGAAGUGUGGUCAAGCAUUGGAAUAGGCUGCCCAGGAAGAUAGACGGUGGAGUCACUAUCUCUGGAAGUGUUCCAUAAAAGACUGCAUGCAGCACUUAGUGAUACGGUUUUGUUGGCAUGGUCAUGUUUGGUGAAAGGUUGGACUUGGUGAUCUUGGAGGUCUUUUCCAACUUUAUUGAUUCUAUUAUUCUAUGAAAAUUACUUGUCUCCAUGAGACAUAGGUACUAAUAACAUGUGGUUUGAUAAUGUGGGUUGCUUUGUGAUGAUGAACUAGUUAUAAAUAAAAGAGUUUAUGUAAAUUAUUUUGAUACGUUAUUAACUUGACAAUAUUUUAAAUCAUAAUAUUAAGAAUGUACCAUUCUGAUGUUAUGAACAGAAUUCAGAAUUAGAAAAACAACGUGCUUGAUAUCUUGUCUUAAAAUAUUUCUAUAAAGUUUGUUAAUGGUGUGCAGACACAUGAAUUUUUUUAAGAAAGAUAAGUAUCAAGUACAAACUCCUGUCAAAAGUAAGCAAAAACUAUGACAAUUUCUGCUGGGGUUGCAAAAAGCUAUCUCACUGUUUUCUAUUUCAGUUUUUACUAUUCAACUUCUACUACACAGAAUAUGCGUAUUUGUGAUUUAGUGGUAAAAUUGAAUGCAUCCUGUCUGGUAAAGCUGUGGAACUUUUUUAAGUUCAUUAGCUUCUGUUUAGCUGGGUUUUUUUCUGUUUCUAAAACUUCUUACCAGAUUAAUUUUUCAUGUAAUGUAGACAUAAAAAGAAUCUUAGCUCAGUGGUCUGACUAAAAGUGAACUAUGCUCUGCUUUUUGCAUGGUAUCAAAUUGUUUUUUAAUAAAGCAAUCUGUGUUUACCCUG